GUGAGCGGGAGGCGGAGCCGGGGGAGCUGCUCUUGUAGCUCCCCCUGGCCUCAGGCGCAGCUGCUUGAGGGGGGAGGAGUUAACGCCGCUGUUCGGUACGUCGCCUUCGCCCCUGGUACCCAGUCGGCAAUGAUGGCAGUGACCUAAAAUCCUCAGGAAGCCCCGGGGUCAUGGCCCAGAAGCACCCGGGAGAAAGAGGGUUGUGUGGAGCCCACCACAGUGGUGGUUCCUCCCUCAGUACAUCAGGAUUCUCUGUGGACCCUGAAAUACUUUCAUUCUCAGGACUCAGGGACUCGACAGAGACUGCUCCUAAUGGUACACGAUGCCUCAAAGAGCACUCCGGCCCUAAGUACACACAGCCUCCAAACCAAGCCCACUGGUCGGAUCCAAGGCAUGGUCCUCCAAGGGGUCCAGGACCACCUAGAGAAGGAGGGUAUCCUGAUGAGAGUGAGACAUGUUCAGAAGAGUCAGGAGUGGACCAGGAACUCUCAAGAGAGAAUGAGACUGGGUACCAGGAGGAUGGGAGUCCUCCUUUUCUUUCCAUUUCAUCUGCUUGUAACUGCCAGGGAAGCCCUGGAGUCCCUGAAGGGACUUGUUCCGAGGAAGGGGAUGGCUCUUCUAGCAGCCUUUGCCACCAUUGCACCUCUCCAGCCUUGGGGGAAGAUGAAGAGUUAGAAGAAGAAUACGAUGAUGAGGAACCUCUUAAAUUUCCCAGUGAUUUUUCACGUGUGCCCAGUGGAAAGAAGCCCCCAUCCCGGAGGCAGAGGCACCGUUUUCUGACCAAGGAGGAUGUUCGGGAUAGUGGACGUAGAGAACCCAAGGCCCCAGGUCGUCAUCGGCUGGCCCGAAAACGAAGUCAGACAGAUAAGCGCAGAGGCCUGGGACUGUGGGGAGUAGAAGAACUAUGUCAGCUUGGACAGGCAGGCUUCUGGUGGCUGAUUGAACUUCUGGUAUUGGUGGGAGAGUAUGUGGAAACUUGUGGCCAUCUCAUUUACGCAUGCAGGAAGCUGAAACGCAGUGACUUGGACCUUUUUCGAGUCUGGGUGGGGGUCUGGGCCAGGAGACUGGGGGGCUGGGCCCGCGUGACGUUCCUGUUUCUAAGUCAGAGCUUCUUCUGUGCAGCAAGGCUGUUCACCCGCAUUCUUAGGGUAGUGGGUGCUUUCCUCCUCCUGGCUCUAGCCCUCUUUUUGGGAUGUCUACAGUUGGGCUGGAGGUUUUUGGUGGGAGUGGGCAACCGGCUGGGCUGGAGGGAUAAGGCCGCUUGGCUGUGCUCUUGGCUGUACUCUCCAGCCUUGCAUCAUUGCUCGACUCUGCUGAAAGAUAGCAGGCCAUGGCAGCUGCUGGUAAGGUUGAUUCAGUGGGGCUGGCUGGAGCUGCCCUGGGUCAAGCAGAGGACUAAGAAACAGGGCAAUGCACCUGUAGCUAGUGGGCGAUACUACCAGCCUGAAGAGGAAGUGGCCCGACUCUUGACCAUGGCUGGGGUUCCUGAGGAUGAACUAAACCCUUUUCAUGUGCUGGGGGUUGAAGCUACAGCAUCUGAUACUGAACUAAAGAAGGCCUACAGGCAGCUAGCAGUAGUGGUCCAUCCUGAUAAAAAUCAACAUCCCCGAGCUGAGGAGGCCUUCAAAGUUUUGCGGGCAGCUUGGGACAUUGUCAACAACCCAGAGAGGCGGAAGGAAUAUGAGAUGAAACGAAUGGCAGAGAAUGAGCUGAGCCGGUCAGUGAAUGAGUUUCUGUCAAAGCUACAAGAUGACCUCAAGGAGGCAAUGAAUACUAUGAUGUGCAGCAGAUGCCAAGGAAAGCACAGGAGGUUUGAAAUGGACCGGGAACCCAAGAGUGCCAGAUACUGUGCUGAAUGUAACAGGCUGCAUCCUGCUGAGGAAGGAGACUUCUGGGCAGAGUCAAGCAUGUUAGGCCUCAAGAUCACCUACUUUGCACUGAUGGAUGGAAAGGUGUAUGACAUCACAGAGUGGGCUGGAUGCCAGCGUGUGGGCAUCUCCCCAGAUACCCACAGAGUUCCUUACCACAUCUCAUUUGGUUCUCGGGUACCAGGCGCCAGUGGCCGGCAGAGGACCACUCCAGAGUCCCCUCCUGCUGACCUUCAAGAUUUUUUGAGCCGGAUCUUUCAAGUACCUCCAGGGCCAAUGUCCAAUGGGAACUUCUUUGCUGCACCUCACCCUGGCCCUGGGACCACUUCGACCUCCAGGCCCAACAGUUCAGUACCCAAGGGAGAAGCCAAACCUAAACGGCGGAAGAAAGUGAGGCGGCCCUUUCAACGAUGACACCCCUUCUCUUCCUUCCUCAAAUCAAUGUCAGGGAGUCAAAAGGGCUGUGUACAGCACAGGAUGGAAUUUGACUUAUUUUAAAAUACUUUAAAAAGGGAAACAUUUUAAAUUGUUCACUCAGUACUUAGAGGAAGCCCAUGACCUCUUCUCCCUCUUCCCCAACACCCAGGAACUGAAUCUUGUUUUCUGACAAUACCAAAGAAAUAGGAGGUGGCUAGAGCAAAGAACUUAGGGUCUGGACCUAGUCCAGACAAUGCGUUUCUGAGGUGUGGGAACUGGGGAUUUCUCGGGUCUGUAUGCCUUUAUCUUAUCAUUUGCUCUUAGAGCAGAUGAAACACCCCCUUUUAAAUGAGUGUAUCUUAUUUCUUAACUCAUUUCAGGGGUCCCCCCCCCUUACCCUGAUAUUCUAGCUAAAAGAAAAAGCAUGUAGCCCUAAUUUUGGAGAUACAGAACUCAAGAGUGGAAACUGAUUUUUCCCUCUGACUUUCACUUUAUGGGUAAGCCACCUAACUUCAGGCUUAUUGCAAGGAUGGCCAAAAUUAAUUUUUAAAAAGCAAAUUUAUGCCCUGUGCCCUUGGGUGAGGGGAAAGGAUAGAGGGGUUCCCAGAGGCCUCCUUGUUAGCCAAGGGUUUGUAUUUUUUUAAGUUUGUUCAUAUUUGUAUGUACAUAUCUAUUUAAAGCCAGGGGAUUAUCUUUCUAUAAAUAUAUAACUGGCAACUUAUAUCUUCUUUCUCUUCUUUACCCAUGUAGCUGGGAGUCCUUUUCUGUUUUCUUUUGGAGAUAGGAUCUUACUGUAUAGACCAGGCUGGCCUCCAACUUGCAGGGAUUCUUCUGCCUCUGCCUCCUAAGGGUAGGAUUAUAGACAUGUGCCUCCACACCUCACCUGUGACCUCUUUUUUCCGUAUUUGAGAAUUGUUUCCUUGCUGUUAGCUGUGAGUGAAAGGUACCCCCUAUUGGACCAAAAGAGUAGUGAUAAAAUUUUGCUUAAAAGUUUUUUAUAGUAAGUCAACAUUUUGUAUUUUUCUCCCAGUAUUAUGAGAAUAUCUGUCUUUGCUUAUCAAAUUUCAGUCAUAACUGAAAGACUUUAUUUUAAGAAAAAUAUACAGCAAAACAGAACUUGAGGUUGGUAGGUUUAGAAGAUAUGGAAAAACAUAAUCACCAGAAAAGCUGCCCAAACAUUGAUGGCUUCUUGUUAGAUAGAGGAGAGUGAGUGGUAGGGCCCUUAACCGUAUCCACCUUUCCUGAUUCAGAGAAUCUUGACCCUAUUAAAGCUGGGCCCAGGAACCCCAUUUUCCAAUUUCUUCCUUCUUGGAGUUUAGAAAGAUUUAUCUUCUCUCUCAGGCUUCCAAGAUACAGAAGACAGGGUAGAGAAGGGAAAACAUUAUAUAUUCCAGUGCCUUCCUUCCCUCAACGCCUGCACAACUAUCAACCCAUCUUUCAGUAUUUGUUGAUUCCAAAGAGACGAACCCCAUGGAACUGGGGCAGCUUAGGCAGCAGCACGCUGAGCAGCGAGGCAGUGUUGAUGAGGAAAUGAGCAGCGUCAUACUUGGUGUAGAAGCUGGCCAGCAGGUAGCUGGAGAGAGAAAACAGGACGACUGGGGUUGGCCUCCCAGAUCCACAUUCAUGCCUUACCAGUGACUUUCUUUUCUAUUUUGAAUUACUAGUUUUAUUGCAUGUAGUCUAAAACAAUUCCAGCUAAUCAAUGGUAUUUACUACGACGUUCAUGAUAUAAUCAGAAGGCAUUUUUAACUAGAGAUUAUAAUUCAGUUUGUUUGUUAAUGGUUAGUGGUAAAUUGUGAAUGGCAGCCAAAGCCGUUUGAACCUA